AUGCCUGCAGAAACAACUCAUCAUGUGGGUGGGACCAAACAUUUCGAGUGUCGGGUGAAAGGUCACCCUCGACCAGAGAUUCGUUGGUACAAAGAUGGGAAGGAGAUCACUCACAUCUCCAGAUAUCAGUUUGAUCACUCCCAUGAGGGCCUUGUUUCUAUGGUGAUACCAAACAUCUCGCAUGAUGACGAAGGCAAUUACAGGUGUCGGGCAGAGAACUCUGAAGGUUUUGCAUCAACAUCAGCCUAUCUGUUUGUGAAAGGUCACAAAGAACAUCCUGAGGACCCAACAACCUCAGUCCAUGCCAUGCAGAUUGAGGAAGCCGUCCUCUACUCAGACCAGGAAAAAGCUGCCAGGAAGGCGACCAAAGUGAAGUCCUCUG